GUUUAAAUGCUAACGUCUGUCUGGCUCUGGCAGCGCUUGGCAACUCUGGCAAUGUUUUGACAGWUGGUUAACGCUCUCACGCGCUCUCUCUCUCUCAGUCAGUGGCUCUCCGCUGCUGAAAAUGAUUCGUGUUGAGUUUGUGUCGCGUUCGCAUUGUUUAUAAAACAAAUUAAUUAUAUUUAUUAUUAGUUUAAGUGGAAAAGUGGUGUGAAUUGUGCAAUGCAGUCGCACGCGCUGCGCAAAUGCGUGCGAGCAUAAGAAAUGUUUGCCUCCAAGUCGCUGUUGUGCUCGUUGCUGCCGCUGCCGCUGUCGACGCCGAGAACUCGUCGCACCAGCAAAUGAAAAAUAUACAGCAAGCAAAAUGCACAAAUAUAUUAUAGAAAUGAAAACAAAAUAACCGAAAAAAGUUGCGUCAAACGUUCAAUAUAUAUCUGAGUGUUUAGUACAUGCAAGUGAAAUGUGUAUGGAAAAGUUGCGCGCAAAGACGUCGCAGGCAACAACAACAAAAACAACAACAACAUUACUAGUGAGCGGGAGAGAGCGAGAGAGAGGAACUGCUGCUGCUGCUGCUGCCUCUGCGGCGACAGCAACAAAACCAACAACAAUAACAAAUAAGAAGCAGCACAAAAUGCGCUUAGACUAAAUUAGAAACGAAAACGAAGUAGCAGCACUCACUCCCACUCCUCCUGCACCCCGACCCACCUGCAAAGCAACCAAUUUAGUAACUUCAACUUCUAGUGGAUAGCUCCCUAGACCCCUGGGCGACCCAGCUACACCCAGCAGUUAACACAGCAUCCAGCCAGUCAGCCAACCAGCUGGACCUCCUCCAUCAGAAUGCAGGCUAAAAAGCGUUAUAUACUGGUCUUCGUCUCGUGUGCAUUUCUGGCCUAUUGCUAUUUUGGCGGCUAUCGGCUGAAAGUGGCGCCACAUCGUCCGCGUCGCGCCCAACAUGAAUCGGCCAAAGAUGGGGGCGUCCAACCGUACGCACAAUUGCCCAGCUUCAUGGGCUACGAGCAGCGUCAGCCACUGACCAAUGAAUCGACGGUCGCUGUGGCGACAGUUGCUGCGCCUGGCAAGCGGAAGCCACCGGUGGCUGCUUGUCGGAUGGAGACAUGCUUCGAUUUCACCAAAUGCUACGAUCAGUUUCUGGUCUAUGUUUACCCGCCGGAGCCGUUGAAUUCGCUGGGCGCCGCACCGCCCAGUUCGCCCAAUUAUCAGAAGAUUCUCACUGCCAUACAGGAGUCGCGAUAUCAUACCAGCGAUCCCGCCGCCGCCUGCCUCUUUGUGCUGGGCAUCGAUACGCUGGACCGCGAUUCGCUCUCUGAGGAUUAUGUGCGCAAUGUGCCAUCGCGUCUGGCCCGGCUGCCCCAUUGGAACAAUGGACGCAAUCAUAUCAUAUUCAAUCUCUAUUCGGGCACCUGGCCGGAUUAUGCCGAGCAUUCGCUGGGCUUCGAUGCCGGCGAAGCCAUCCUGGCCAAGGCGAGCAUGAGUGUACUCCAAAUGCGUCACGGUUUCGAUGUCAGCAUUCCGCUCUUCCACAAACAGUUCCCGUUGCGCGCCGGCGCCACCGGCUCCGUGCAGUCCAACAAUUUUCCUGCCAACAAAAAGUAUUUGCUGGCCUUCAAAGGCAAACGCUACGUCCAUGGCAUUGGCUCGGAAACGCGCAACUCGCUCUUCCAUUUGCAUAAUGGACGCGAUAUGGUUAUGGUGACCACAUGCAAGCACGGCAAGAGCUGGCGCGAACUGCAGGAUAAUCGCUGUGACGAGGAUAAUCGCGAGUAUGAUAGAUACGACUAUGGGACGCUGCUCCAGAAUUCGACGUUUUGCUUGGUGCCACGGGGACGACGCCUGGGCUCCUUCAGAUUUCUCGAAGCGUUGCAGGCGGGCUGCAUCCCGGUGCUAUUGUCCAAUGCCUGGGUAUUGCCAUUUGAAUCGAAAAUCGAUUGGAAACAGGCCGCCAUUUGGGCCGAUGAACGGCUGCUGCUCCAGGUACCCGAUAUUGUUCGCUCAAUUUCAGCGGAACGCAUCUUUGCCCUGCGACAACAGACGCAGGUCCUGUGGGAGCGCUACUUUGGCUCCAUAGAGAAAAUCGUCUUCACAACAUUCGAGAUCAUUCGCGAACGACUUCCCGAUUAUCCGGUGCGCAGCAGCCUCGUCUGGAACUCGGCGCCCGGCGCCCUCCUCACGCUGCCCACAUUCGCCGAUAGUUCGAGAUUUAUGCCCUUUCUGUUGAAUGCGAUGGGCGUGGAGCCGCGUCACAACUACACGGCCGUUAUCUAUGUGCAAAUUGGCGCCGCCCUCGGCCCCAAUGCGGCGCUCUACAAACUAGUCAGGACCAUUACGAAGAGCCAAUUUGUGGAUAGAAUACUUAUCCUGUGGGCAGCCGAUCGGCCGCUUCCACUUAAGAAACGUUGGCCGCCCACCUAUCACAUACCUCUGCACGUGAUUGCCCUGGGGGGCAGUAGUCGAGGGGCGGCAGCGUCGCCCACGGGGCAAACGGGGCCGGAGGCACGACCGAGCAUAUCGCAGCGAUUUCUGCCCUACGAGGAAAUCCAAACGGAUGCUGUGCUCUCACUCGACGAGGAUGCAAUACUCAACACGGAUGAACUGGACUUUGCCUACACGGUCUGGCGUGACUUUCCGGAACGCAUUGUAGGCUAUCCGGCUCGAGCGCAUUUCUGGGAUGACUCCAAGAAUGCCUGGGGCUAUACGUCCAAGUGGACGAACUACUAUUCGAUUGUACUGACGGGUGCGGCGUUUUAUCAUCGCUACUACAACUACUUGUACACCAAUUGGCUGUCGUUGCUGUUAUUAAAGACUGUACAGCAGUCCUCCAACUGCGAGGAUAUCCUAAUGAACCUGCUGGUCUCGCACGUGACCAGAAAACCGCCGAUCAAAGUGACACAGCGCAAGGGUUACAAGGAUCAUGAGACGGCUCGCUCGCCCUGGAAUGAUCCCGAUCAUUUCAUACAGCGACAGAGCUGCCUCAACACAUUCGCAGCGGUAUUUGGCUACAUGCCGCUCAUACGUUCCAACUUGCGCAUGGAUCCCAUGCUAUAUCGUGAUCCAGUCUCCAAUUUGCGUAAAAAGUAUCGCCAGAUCGAGUUGGUUGGCAGCUAGCGGUAUAUGCAAAUUGGCAAUAGCUACAAGCGUUAAGAGUACUGAGAUUCCCUACCCGCACGUGUACACACCAACACAAGCAAACAAAAACGCGCCUACACACACAAACACCCACACAUACAUACGGACUUCAUAAACUGCUGUUUAUUGACGCUGCGAAGCGCCGCAAAAACUAUGUUAAUUAUUAUUAGUAGCAAAAAUUAGUUAGGAUUUAUGAAGCGUAUAUAUUUAUGUAUAUGUAACAAAAUAGCAUUCAGCGUUGCAAUUAUAUAUAUAUUUAUAAUGCAUAUUGUAUACACUCACACACACACCCACACAGCAGAUUUGUAUAUGUACAUAAAUAGAAGAACUCUGAUUAGGCCUAGUUAAGUUGUGCGACCUGCCCCGGGCGCAGUGAGCGAGCGGAAUGCCAUUUUUUGCUAAUUUCAAAUUAGCGCUGCAAGUUUUCGAUAUACAUAUAUACGAUAUAUAGAUAUAUAUAUACACAUAAUUACAUAUACAUACCUAUAUGUGCAUAAGUAGCUGAUUUUGUACGCGUUUGAUUUUUGUAUGUGUGUAAAUGUUUUGUAUAUGUAUGUAUGUCUGCCGCAUAGGAACUGUAAUUGUUAUAACUCUACAUGAUUAUAUGAUAUAUGAUAUAUGAUAUGAUAUGGAAUCGCUAUGAUAAAUAAGUCUAUAUGUGUAUAGUUAGUUAGUGUUAUUAUUAUUGAUGUGUGUGUGUCUGUAGCCAUUCUUAUGUUUAACUAUUUAAUGGCAGUUAGUUAGGCUUAAGCUUGCAAAGAUAUUCCUUAUCUAUAAUAAUUAAAGAAGUUAAUUGAAAACUGUGGCCAUUAUUUUGCAAUAACAAUACAAAACAAAGGAAGCUACAAGUGAACUACGAACUCAACAGCCAUCGUACAAUGUGCACAAACAAUGCAGAAAGCGAGAUAGAUAGAGCAGGAGUAAGAGUAAGAGUAUUCGGUGUGCCGAAUAUUUAAUACCCUUGCAGAUAUGUCAUAUAUCACAUUGUAAAGCUAUUCCGAUUGCUCCAUAAAUUCUAUGUAAAUGUACUCAAGUCAASUCAAGGAUGCUGCAAGGAUAUCAAAUGAAUUAUAUAUAAACUAGUAAAUGUCUUCAUUUCAUUCGUAUAAUUGUGUAUUCCUAAUUAUUUCUUAACAAUCAACUACUUCUAGACUCUGUUAUAUUAAAUGUGCAAUUUCCAUUUUACAUUUCAACAUGUG